AUGACAGGUAACGGCUUCGGGAAGGUCGUUGCGGCUACCGGAAAUGGCCUGACGGGCGCAAAACCCAAUCACCGAGUCCGCGCAGCUCAACUUCCUGAACGCGCGCCCGCGCGCCCGGCUGUUUCAUUCCUACGGGGUUCUGCGCAGACAUUGAUCACAACACCGGUGUGCGCAAACAGUGGUCGCUGGCUAGCAACUCUCCCAUUACCUCUCCACGAGGUUCAUCCACGCUCACACCCACCCGGCAUUGCACUCCCCAACUUGAAGCACGUACGUGUCUGCGUCAUCCGCAAUGGUCGAGCCCAAGCUGUGCUUUUACGUCUCCAUCUCAGAGAUUGGCUCCGGGACCGACAACAGCGCAGCCACCAUCCUUUUGACAAGCCUCUCUCGACGUUGCUUUUGAGGUAUCUCGAACCUUCAAGCGUAUCCACUGAGGAGGAUGAACACUUCCCUUCGAGCUCGCCUGAUUCCCCCUUGCUCGACACUUCCUCGAUAGCGGAAUGGGAAGCCCAUCUUAACCCCCCGGAAGCUACUUGUAUUCUCUCAGAGUCUAACGAGUGGCCGUUCGAUCUGCAGGACAGCACCGAGGCCUUGGACUGGGUCCUGCGCCGUGUUUUGGAGCGGCUUACCCUCAAGCGCAUGAACCCCGAAUCGACAAUGGCCACCUUCCCUCCACCCAGCAACGUCAAGACCGCGGCAAGCAGCAUCUUCGGUCCACUCGAUGGUCUUGGACUCUCUAUCCGCCUCAAGUCAUGCUCCCAGUUGUCACUGGAGAUAGCUCGUUUAUCCGUCGCCACUCGUGAGAGGUGGCUGCAGUAUCUUUACCGCCAGAAGGAGAACUUUCACGUGGCUUCCUUCCCUCCCCUCACGCAUGCGGUUGGCGUUAUGGUUGGUCAUAACGAGUUUACCGAUGAGGUCGCGAUGGAUCUUUACGGCAGUUUCGACUGUGCAAUCGACGUCAUGGUGGAGUCGCCAGGUUCUGCUCAGCACGGAGACACGUCAUCCGCAGGCGAUGAAGCCCCCUCCUCACCCUGUCCCGCGAUCGCAUUGUCGUCAUUGAACGGCCUUACGGUUUUGUUCAUCGCAUGCUUGAUCCUCGGCGCGGAAAGCUCUGUGAAUAAGCUUCUCGACAUGGAGGUUACCGGGCUGGUCAUUCUUCGCGACAUGGCUGAAUACGGUCUCGGCUGGCUGAUGCAAGAGCGGGACGCCCGUUCGCUCAUCAAAGGCUGGUGUCUUGACAACACGGCUCAGUCCAACUCGGUGCAGGUCGUCUCAAAGUUGUCACUGUUUCUCGAUGCAUGGAUGCGCUGUCACGACAUCGGACCAUCCGCACCUCACCCCCCUCCAGGCUUUCGAGGGAUCGAGGACCUCAUUGAGCCAGAACUCCAACUCUCAACUAUGUCGACCCUCAUCACCUCAUUCAACGACAACGAGCGCAGCCUCAAAGGUCACGAUGUCGAGCUCAGUGGUAUUCUGCAUGGCUGUGCCUCUGGAACCGCCACUGUGUUGCUCUUGGAACCAAGCUCCAGCACUCCCGCUCAUAAGAAGGGCGUCGCACAUGCCUGGAAUGUUGUCGAGAAUCUCUGCUCAACUGCUCAAAAGCUAUGUGGUAAUGAUCACUUCAUCUCGGGAUCGGCACUUGCGUCUUGCAAGCAAUACUUGGCCAAGCUUCUGCAGACGGCUUCAGCCGAAACAAUCCAGCAGGUAUACCAACCUCACACUGAGGUGUGUUCUCGCUUGACACCUUCCGCGGAGAAACCCUGCGACCCCUCACAUCACCUCGUAUUCUAUCGCUCUUUCUACCGUUCGUUCUUUGUGUCGAUUACAGGAGGAAGGCUGCGUUAUGAUGGCGGAUGGAACAGCAGUUCACUCAAGCAGGACAUUACCCGUAAGCGUUGUGAUCUCCUCGGCAUCGAUUGCAGCGAGAAUCAAGCGCAACCUCGCUCUACAACCACGAAACAGGCCCUAACAUCCAUCUCCCUUCACCUUCUCAUUGUCAGCGCGCUGUCCAUCACCACAGCAGUGAUCACGCGCAACCUCCCGUGUUGGGGUCUACCUAGCCUAGCGGCUGAAGUGUCUCCCGAAGCAGGGCAGUGGGUUGGGAUUGGCGAAAUGAGGGGUAGCCACAAGGCUGGAAAGUCUAUGCCUGUGAAAGGAGGAGAGAUCGUCCAAAUUCUCGAUGGAGCCGUUGCAGCUGGGCGCCACCUUGUGCGCACUCCGCAAGGUAACAUAAAGCGAACUUAA